CUCACCUUGUUCAGUCUCUAACGGCAAGCCGUCUCGAUAGCUCAACUCGCUUUUCUGCCUAGCCAAGAAAACAAAGUUGACCAUUCAUCACAUCUUGAAAAUCACUUCGAAUCAAAGUUGAACUUAAUCCCGCAGUUUUCGCACCGAGUUUGGCAUUGAUCCUUUGAAUCAAAUCACCAGUUGCUACCCAAGUGUCUCCGUAUUUUGUGCUCAUUGAUCGGAUCCACCCAAUCGUCCACUAUGAAGAGAUCCCGGCAGCUGAUUGCGUUGGGAUUACUCGUCACGCUGCAAUGUUGCGUCCUCACCGUUCAUUCCAACGACAACGGCAAGUGCGCCUUGCUCAUCCCCGGCGCAACGACGAGCACGUGCGUCAGUUACGAGGCCAUCAACAGAGCCUUCAACACGGCAAAAGAAACCACCCGCCUCAGCGGUCCGCAAUCAAAAAGCAAAGAUCUGAGCGAUAUUGAAAUCGACGUACUUGGCCGAACAAUCGUCGAAACGAGCCGCAUCUUGGCAAAAGAAUUCAAAUUGGCUCCCGAUGCGAUUCACAUGGGACUGCCGAUGAUCGACACCAGACACACGGCCAUCAACCAAUAUUGCCCCGUCAGAUUCCAGCGACCGCAAUGCAAGGUCCAACGUUACCGCGAAAUGGAUGGCAUGUGCAACAACUUGGAAAACCCUCACUGGGGCGCCGUCAUGGCCCCUUUCCGACGACUCCUCCCACCCAACUUCCAAGAUGGUGUUAGCGCGCCACGCAUUUCAGUGACUGGCUCCGAAUUGCCUACAGCUCGACUCGUGUCGACCCUCACCCACAAGGAUAUGGGCUUUCACGAUCACGCCGUUACCAUUUACUUGCCAGCCUGGGGCCAACUGAUCGAUCACGAUAUGGCUAUGGGUGCUGAAUCCAAAGAUCCCAGGACCAAUUCUGAACCCAAAUGUUGCAACGUACCACCCAACCAACGUCACCAGGCUUGCUGGCCCAUCGACAUUCCAUCAGCUGACCCGUUUUACAAACUCUUCCGUCGUACUUGUUUGGAUUUCGUCCGUUCCGGCGCCGGAGUCAGGGAUUAUUGCAAACUGGGAACCAGGGUCGCCGUCAACACCGUGUCCGCCUACCUCGAUGCCGGUUUCGUCUACGGCACUGAUUUGGAAACGUUGAACAAACUUCGCGUAUUCAAAGCCGGUCAAUUGAAAAGUAACGCCAUGAAUCGCCACAAGGGCAUGAAAGACCUCCUCCCACCCCAAAUGGAGAACCCCGACGCUAACUGCAAACGACCCAGCAAGGACGUCCAUUGCUUCAUGGCCGGUGACGCUCGAGUCAACCAGCAAAUGAUGUUGGUCGCCCUACAUACGAUCCUCAUGAGAGAACACAACCGCAUCGCCCUCGAACUCAGCAAAAUCAACUCUCACUGGGACGAUGAGAAAAUUUUCCAAGAGACACGACACAUUAUUGCCGCCAUUGUUCAACAAAUCACCUACAACGAAUUCUUGCCCAUGGUGUUGGGUAAAGAAGUCAUGGAACGUUACAGUCUGCUCGGAGAAAGACAAGGCAUGUUGAACAAAUACAAUCCGAAAUUGGAGGCCACCCUGCCGACAUCCUUCUUCGCGGCCGCUUUCCGUUUCGGUCACUCGCUCAUCCCGAACGCGCUCGAGCGAUGGAGCACGACGCACAAAUUCAUCGGAUCCAGACGACUCAGCGACAUCAUCAACAAACCAUUCGACGUUUACACAGGAAACACUUGCGAUGAAUACCUCACCGGAUUCAUGAACCAAAUCUCACAGGCCGUUGAUGACUCUGUCUCACAAGAGUUGACCAACCAUCUCUUCAGAGAUGAGACGAGCGGUUUCGGUUCGGAUUUGGCCUCGUUAAACAUUCAACGCGGCCGCGAUCACGGUGUCCCGUCCUACAAUGCCUACCGCGAAUUCUGCGGACUUCGUAGAGCAAGAAGCUGGAACGACUUGGCCGGAGCCUUCACCAACGAAACGCUUCACAUGUACAUGCAAACCUACAAAAACCCUGACGAUCUCGACUUGUGGUCAGCUGGCGUCUCUGAACGGCCUUUGCCCGGCAGUAUGGUCGGCCCUGUUUUCGGCUGCAUCAUGGGAGAAACAUUCAAAAACCUGCGGCUCGGCGAUCGUUUCUGGUUCGAAAAUGCCGGACAGCCUAGCUCGUUUACUCAAGAGCAAGUCAACGAAAUCCGCAAGAUUAAAUUGUCGCGAAUCAUUUGCGACAACAGCGAUCACAUCGAGACCGUUCAAGUCUACGUUAUGGUCCUCCCCGACUCAGAAAUCAAUCCUCGCGUGGCAUGCAAAUCAGGCAUUUUGCCACGCAUCAAUUUGAGCAAGUGGAAAGAGUAAAAGGUUGAAGUCUAAGAAAUUAACAAUCAGACAAAAUCUUUAAUAUAAUAGUUUAAAAGAUAGAAUUAAAAGAUGAAAAACAAACAAAGAAAAACCAUCGUCGACGGUUUUUGUUUGUUUGUGGAUGGCUACAAAAUAAUAAUAUAAUAUAUACUUCUAUUUUCUUGGAGAAGGUCGUAAAGAAAGCAAAAUUAUUACAAAAAAAAACCUUCAUAUAUAAAAAAAAAAAAGACUAAGGAUGGUAAUGAAUCAACGGUAAAAUAGGAAUAGAGUGUAAAUAUGGACAAGAGCAACCCAUUUUGUCAAUCGUCAAGAAAACAGAGCAUGGACUUUGAAAUCCUUACUCUCCCUAAACGGGAGAAUAGAAACAAAAGAAAACGAAGAGAAGUCUUAGAAUUGUCACUCCCUUAUUUAUAAAUGUCUCUACAAAUCUUUUCUUGUCACGAUGUGAAACGAAACCUGAUAACUGAUAAUUCUAAAUACACGUGACUGAUCUGUUUUAAACCCACAAAAA